UCUCUUACAAGCAGGUGCCGAUCCAAAAUCAUGUAAUGACAGAUUUUGUUUACAUUUUGCCGUAAGAAAUAGAUUAUUACGGAGUAGGAGCAAACCCUGGGUUAAUUUUGUAUGUCUGCUUUUGGAUAAAGGGGCAUCUCCAAAUGACUUUAAAGGACAUGUAUCAAAUUUAAUUGAAGUUACUGUAAAGAAAAAUAUACUCCUGGUAGAGAAGAUAUUGAAGCACGGAGGGGAUGUAAAUUUUACAGACAACACAAAAAGAACUGCGUUGCAUUAUGCCUGUAUUUUAAAGAAUACGAUGGAUAGGGAUGAAAUAAUUAAUAAACUCGUUGAAUUCGGUGCAGACCUUAAUUGUCCAUCAAUUACUGGAGAAAAACCACUGGAUGUUUUGAUGAAGAGUAUGAUACACGAUAUAAGAAACAAUUAUUCUAUCUGGGAUGACCUAAACGAUCCAUAUUGUCAAAAAGUUGUAGUUGAUUUGUCCUCAUUCAAUCUUUUUGUUAGUGGAGGGUGUGAUUUAACUCCAGUUCAAGAUCUAAAGAAAGACAUGUUUAUACCGUUCCAAAAGGAAAUGUUUGAAUGGUCAACAAAUUUAAUUGUAGAGAGCAAAGAUCGUUCAAAUGAAUCCGUUUUACUCAAUUUACUACAAACAGGAUUGUUUGAAACGGCCGAAUGUCUCAUUCGAUGCGGUUGGCAGGUAGAAAGUGAAAAAUGGUUCAGUACUGACAAAAUCGCAAAACUUGAUACAUCAAGCAUUGAGAUCUGUGGAAGAUAUAGAAAACUAGAUGUUCAAAAUUGUAAAGACCAAUUUCAAGAUUUUGUUGACAACAUAGAUACAGGACCAAUAUCUUUAUCAAUAAUAUGUAGGAAAAGCAUUAGACAGCAGCUUGUAAAAGCAUCAAGAGGGGCAGAGAUCAAGACAAGGAUUAACCUACUCCCUGUCCCGCCGAUAAUACAAUCAUUCCUGGCCUUACAUGAUUUUUUCCAGGAUUACGAAAUUAUAAAACUGCGAAACAAUAAUAGCUCUCUUUAUUCCACAAGCAAUUGGUUAGAUAUGAAUUAUGACAGUGAAAGUGAAAUAAGGAACAGAACCAUUAGAGACAAGAUUAUUGAUUACUCUUAGUGUUGUCAAUUCGAACAUAUUUGCCUAACCGGUUACUCGGAUAAUCGUUCGACCGAUUAACCGGUUAAUCGGUAGUUUAAAUUGAUGUUUGAAGGUCCUUUCUAUGGUACCCUUCAAAUGUACGUUUUUGUUAUACAAUGAGUAGAAGUUUGUCCUUUGGCAUUAUAAGGCUUGUCUUUGGGGAGUCCUGGCACAGUUUUACUUUUAAUAAUCCAAUACUCCGUGGAUUACUAUGACGUUUGUAAUAACUUCAGACUGAAAAAUAAAACCCUUCUUGAUCUCGUCGAAUUGAUAAUGAUGAUGAUUCUUUAAUUUUUUCUUACGUAAUAUUUGACCCCAAAAAAAUAAAUAAUGAAGUAAAUCGGGAAAUUUAAUCGGAUUACUGAUUUCAAAUUACUUUUUAAAAACAUGUAUACUAAUUAAUCAUGUUUACUUAAGAUCUUGCCCCGUGAUGAUACACAAGUUGUCUAAGUUCUAAUUAAUUUUAAUACUUAUGUUUUUAAACAAUGACCAAAGAAAUUGUUCCGUAUCAUAUGGACCACAAUGCUGAGGCAGAGGCCUGUGAUCUGUUAAUGGAAAUAGAGAAAUUAGAUAUUCUCAAAAAUUAUGUUGACGAUAAUAAUCAAUAUACUAGAUAAUUGAUCUGUCAAUUUAAUUACCACGACGAUAAUUUUUAAAUUGAACAAAAUUAUAAAUGAUUUCAAUACAUAUUUAUAUCAAAUCUACUAAAACUGAAAAAAGAGUCCGGUAAACCGGUUAGCGUUUUUGGUAUUCGAUAUUCGGUCCUUCAGACGGUUAACUGGUUAAUCGAUUAACCGUUGACAACACUAAUUACUAUAUAUGAAAAAAAAAGUGGUAUAUAAUGUAUUUGGAACAUAACCAUCUCUGCUGAAAUGGCCAAGAGAUAUAAAGAUGCAUUAAGUCAGACAUAUAUUAAAAAGUAAUAGGUUAACAUUCAAAAAAAGGUAAUUCAAUAUAAAUGAGAAUAUUGUACAAGUAGAUCCCUUGCAUGCAGAAGAUAUGAAGAUUUUUUCACUCGAGAACAUUUAUUUUUUUCCAAGGACUUCGCCCGAUUAAAAUAUGAAAUUUCGAUUUUUGAAAGGGUAUUUAAGGGAAAUGCAUGUUUUAUUCCACUGUCUGUACUUUUAACUUCAUGAACAUUAAAUAUUA